AUGAAAUUCCACCACGCCAGAAACAUCCACCAACAAAUCACCAACCUUACUCAAAACCAAACCAACAUUGCAAACGGUAGCAAAUUUAUCACUGAAUGCAACGUUAAGAUUUCAGAAAAUGGACGAAACGGUAACGUUAAUGCAGCAGAAACAAUAUUCAACAAAAUGUCCCAAAAGAACAUUGUCACUUGGACAGCCAUGCUCGUUGUCUAUGCUAAAAAUGGUCAAAUCAUAAAUGCCCGUAAGCUGUUCGAUAAAAUGCCUGAACGAACAACGGCUACUUAUAAUGCCAUGAUCUCCGGUUAUAUUCGUAAUGGUUGCAAUGUUACUAAAGCUUACGAGCUUUUUACAUCGUUUAAUGAGAGAAAUGCGGUGUCUUAUGCUGCUAUGAUCAUGGGCGAAACAAAUGAAGCGUUGAGGGUUUUUGAGAAUGUGGGUGAGAGUAAGAGGGAUGUUGUUUCGUGGAGUGCUGUGGUUGUUGGUUUGUGUAGAGAUGGGAGGAUUGGUUAUGCUAGGAAGUUGUUUGACAGAAUGCCUGAGAGAAAUGUGGUUUCUUGGAGUGCGAUGAUUGAUGGGUAUAUGGAGAAAGGCUUGUUUGAAAAUGGGUUUGGUUUUUUUUUGGAAAUGAGGAGGGAAGGUGUUGUUGAGGUUAAUUCAACUACCAUGACUAUAAUGAUUAAAGGGUGUGGAAAUUGUGGUGGUGUGAAAGACGGAAUGCAGAUUCAUGGGUUGGUUUCAAGGUUGGGAUUUGAGUUUGGUAGUGUUUUGAGUAAUACUAUUAUUACUAUGUAUUCUUUGUUUGGUUGCACUGACAUGGCAAAAAAAGUGUUUUGA